AUGUUCAUCGGUUGUUCAUCGCUGUACCGCGAUAAAAAAGUCAUGGCAGUACUAACCUUUAAUGUUUUUCGAAAUCAAUGGCACAAAAAUGUCUUACCUCAGUGGUUACGUCUUAAUUCCGUAUUUAAAGUGCAUGAUAAAAUGAAUGCAAAGGGAUAUUUAGUGGAUACACGUGGGAGUAGUUUUAGCCCGAAAGCAGCAGCUGUUAUUGUACUGUUAUUCGGAGGUGUGCAUAUGUCGUUGUUACGAUCUUUAGAUGAGAAUCAGAAAUCUAGUGCCAAGUGUGCUAUAAUAGAUAGUAAAAAAACUAAAAAGUAUCCCGAUCCUAUUGAACAGGUCUCGAAAGUGCGUGAAGGUUCUGGGGGUUAUGUAGAUCAAAUCUUGAAACAAACCUCACUGAUAUCGUUGAUUGAUAGUGCAACCAAGAAAGUCCAACUGGCUUCUAGUGAUUAUAAAAAUCAGUUAUUUCAAGAGUUUCUCCAUGCUUUGAGUCUGGAAAUCGCUAGCAGGCAGAGAGAUGAACAAAAAAGUGUAACUUUAGAUCGUUUGGUUCGAAAUGCUGAUGCUCGAUUAGAAAUCAAUAAGAUUAUAGAUGUAAUUCAUAUUGCACGUCAAGAAGCGGAGAUUCGAAAUCAUCCAUUGCUUAUCAUUGCAGAAUCGACUGCGCAUUACCUAAUGAGACAGAUGAGGGACAUUGAAACUGAAAAAUUCUUUGACUGCAAUAGAUCAAAAGAAAUUGUCGCUUCUUUUUAUUAA